CGCAGAGCUCUAGAUUUCCUUCGCAUUUCUUUGCGAGCGAAUCUUGAUUUAGCCAUGGUAGCGGAGCCGCUGGUCCACAAGGUGCUCUCCAUGGCGACCUCGUCCUCCUUCUCCAAGAAGGCCAAGAAGGCGUCGGCGGACGGCGGCGGCGGCGGGGCGGUGGGCAUCCUGGCGUUCGAGGCUGCCAACGCCAUGUCGCGCGCCGCGGACCUCCACCGCUCCCUCUCCGACGCCGAGGCCGCCCGCCUGCUGGGCCCGCUCUGCCUCGGCUCCCGCGCCGUGCGCGCCCUCGUGCCCGGCGACGACGCGCGCCUCCUCGCGCUCGCGCUCGCCGAGAAGCUCGACGCCCUCAACCGCGUCGCCGCCGUCGCCGCGCGCCUCGGCCGCCGCUGCGCGGCGCCCGCGCUCCAGGGGUUCGACCACGUCUACGCCGACCUCCUCGCCGGCCGCUACUCCGAGUCCGCCCCCUUCGCCCCCGCGUCGUCCUCCGACUCCGCGCUCGUCCGGCAGCUCGACCGCCUGGCCGCCGCCACGGCCGCGCUCUACGCCGAGCUCGACGCGCUCGCCGACCUCGAGCAGUCCGCGCGGAAGCUGCCCACCGACGAGGCCCGCCGCGCUCUGGAGCAGCGCGCGCGGUGGCGUCGCCACGACUUGCGCCGCCUCCGGGACGCCUCGCUCUGGAACUGGACAUACGACAAGGCCGUGCUCCUGCUCGCGCGCGCCGUCUGCGCCGUCUACCGCCGCAUCUGCCUCGUCUUCGGCGACCCCAUGCUCGGCCUCGACCUCCUUGCUCCGAGCUCGCGCCGCCAGCGGCAAUGCGACCAGAGCCGGCAGCUUUUAUCCGGCCCGCUCACCUCCAGCUACAGGUACUCUGCCCCAAUCCGGAGCAGCAAUCUCGCCCAAGACAAUGCAAUUGCCAAGUCAGGGCCGAUCGCCAUUAUCAGUCUUGCAGACACGCCGCGGCUCCGGCCGUCCAAUUGUGGGGGGAACCUGUUCAUGGAGUGCCUGAGCCUGAGCAGCUCGGUUUCAUGGAAGGAUGGGUUCGACGACGAGUUCUCAGAGGACGCCAGCUGCAUCAGCGCCAUCAGGUCAGGGAUGCUCACCACGCCGCUGGCGUCGACGACGACGACCACCCCCUCCAAAAUCAAAAAGACACCACGGUUUGGUCCGAAGAGCACGGUGACGUCGCUGGCCCCGCCGUCGACGAUCGGUGGCUCGGCGCUCGCAUUGCAUUACGCCAACAUCAUCCUUAUCAUCGAGAAGCUGCUCCAGUACCCGCACCUCGUCGGCGAGGAGGCCCGGGACGACCUGUACCAGAUGCUGCCGUCGAGCCUGAGGGCGUCACUGAGAAAGAACCUCAGAACCUACGUCAAGAACAUUGCCAUCUACGACGCAUUCCUCGCGCACGACUGGCGGGAGACGCUGGAGAAGACACUGGCGUGGCUGGCGCCCAUGGCGCACGACACGAUGCGGUGGCAGGCCGAGAGGAACUUCGAGCAGCAGCAGAUUGUACUGAAGGGGAAUGUGCUACUUCUGCAGACAUUGUACUUCGCCGACCGGGAGAAGUCGGAGGCAGUGAUCUGCGAACUGCUUGUCGGGCUCAACUACAUCUGCCGGUACGAGCAGCAGCAGAACGCGCUGCUCGACUGCUCGAGCAGCAUCGACUUCGAUGACUGUAUGGAGUGGCAACUGCACUGAAGUUGCAACUUACAAGCAUCAUCUGCUCAAAGGGGUACGUAUCAUAUGUCAACUGAACAUCGCAACGACACAAAAAGGAAAGAAAUUCAGAAAAUAAA